AUGAACGUGAGGACCCCGCCGAGGCUCCUGGACCUGGCAGAAAGCAGCCUGCUGAGGAACGAAGCCUUGGCCAUCUCUGCUCUGGACCCUCUGCCCAGGGAGCUCUUCCCAGCACUGUUCAUGAAGGCCUUCUACAGGAGACGCAGCCAGACCCUGAAGGCCAUGGUGCAAGCCUGGCCCUUCGUCCGCCUGCCUCUCGGGGGCCUGAAAGACGUGGCUCGUGUUAGGGUCGGGAGGCCCAUACAAGCCGUGCUGGAAGGGGUUGAUGUUCUGCUGGCCCAGAAGGUUCGCCCCAGAGGCUGCAAUCUGCAAGUGCUGGAUUUACGGAGCACUGGCCAGAACUUCUGGAUCAUGUGGUCUGGAUCCAGUGAUGACGUCUACUCAAGAUCACAAAUGGCACCAGUGGCUGAGGUCAGGUCAAGGACAAAGCAGCCGGUGGCCCCUUUGGAUGUGUUCAUAGACCUUUGCCUGAAGAAAAGGACCCUGGAUCACUUCACCACCUAUCUCCUCAGCUGGGUGGAACGGAGGAAAAUUUCCAUACACCUGUGCUGUAAGAAGCUGAAGAUCUCUGCAAUGCCCAUGGAAAAUAUUAUGAAGGUCCUGGCUCAGGUGCAGCUGGACUGUAUCCAGGAGGUGCAAGUGAACUGCACCUGGCAGCUGUCCACUCUGGCCGCGUUUGCUCCUCUCCUGGGCCAGAUGAUCAAUGUGCAGAGACUCUAUCUCUCCCACAUCCAUAGGUCCGCCCUUGAGGAGAAGGAGCAGCAGCAUGUUGUCCAAUUUACCUCUCAGUUCCUCAGGCUGCACCACCUCCGGGAUCUCUAUAUGGACUCCCCCGUCUUCCUCAAAGGUCACCUGGACCAGAUGCUCAGGAGCCUGAGGAACCCCUUGGACAACCUCAUAAUAACUAACUGCCAGCUAACAGAAUCAGACUUGACCCAUCUGUCCCAGUGGCCACACAUCAGCCGGCUCAAAGGCCUGGAUCUGAGUGGCAUCACGCUGACCCAAUUUACUCCUGAUCUCCAAGUUCUGCUGGAGGAAGUUGCAUCCAACCUCGAGGAACUGAAUUUAGAGCAGUGUGGGAUCAUGGACUCCCAGCUGGAGGCCAUCCUGCCUGCCCUGAGCCGCUGCUCCCAGCUCAGGACCAUCAGCCUGUGUGGGAACCUCCUCUCCAUGGCCAUCAUGGAGAAGCUGCUGGGUCACACCGCCAGGCUGUCCAGUUUAAAGGAAGAGUUUUAUCCUGCCCCUCGGGAGAGUUUCAGCUCUGGUGGAGCCCUCCACCUGGGGAGACUUGCCCAGCUGAAGGCGCAGCUGAUUGAGAUGAUGAGGGGCUUUGGCGGUCCCAGGACCAUCUGGCUCAGCUCCAGCCCGUGUCCUCGCUGGGGCAAUAAGACGUUCUAUCAUGAGGAGCCCUUUCUCUACCACUGUUAUACACCUGCCUAA